GGGCUCGUGCGCAAAUCGCGCCCUCCCUCCACCUGCGCGUUGCGUUCUCACCUUUAACGAAGUGACCUGAAAAAUCUCACGUGAAACUUUUUUUUUUUAACUUUUGCUCCUCGCUUUGGACAAUUUCGGACAGUUUUAAGGACACGGGUGGAUUUGCAAAAAAAAAAAAAAAGGACAUCUUGUUACCUACGCCGCUCUCUACCUGUUGGGACUUGCAAAGGAACCGCGCACGCGCGCGUUCCUACUCCCAGGUGCACCCAGGGCGCGGCUUCGGCGCGAGCGCGGCAAGGGGGGGAAAGGAAAAAAAAAAACAACAACAAAAAAAAACAACACGUGCGUGGUCGUGUCAUGGCCGUGAACGAGAGGGCCGCGCGAGCUCUGAGGGACAUCAUCAAACGGCCAGGCAACGACGUCUGCGCGGACUGCGGCGCUCCCGACCCAGAAUGGGGAUCAUGCUCUUUGGGAGUGUUUAUUUGCCUCAUUUGUUCUGGAAUCCACCGGAACCUUCCUAACAUUGGAAAGGUCAAAUCUGUCCUACUGUCCAACUGGGAGGACUUAGAGGUUCAGUUCAUAGCCGAGAAUGGAAAUCAGGCAUCCAAAAUUAAAUUUGAAGCUUUUGUGCCAGUGUACUACUAUAAACCCACACACAAAGACUGCCAAGUCCUGAAAGAGCAGUGGAUCAGAGCUAAAUAUGAGCGGCAGGAAUUUACCCAAGACGGUAAGCCGCUGGUCUAUGAAGAAGGGAUGAGAGACGGAAUGCUAAUGAAGCGGGGACGAGACAACGGGCAGUUCCUCAGCAGGAGAUUCGUUCUGUCCGAAAGAGAAGGGACGCUUAAGUAUUACACGAAGUUCGAUGCUAAAGAACCUAAAGCUGUAAUAAAGGUGGACACCAUCAAUGCGUCGUUCCAGCCGGAGAAGAUCGGCAACCCUAACGGUCUUCAGAUCACCUAUCUGAAAGACUACAACACUCGCAACAUCUUCCUCUAUCACGAAAACAGCAAGGAAAUAGUGGACUGGUUCAACUCGAUUCGAGCCAUUCAGCUACACUACCUGAAAGUAGCUUUUCCUGGGGCUUCGGACCUGGAAUUGAAACCGAAGCUAACGCGGAAUUUCUUGAAAGAGGGCUACAUGGAAAAGACGGGACCACGGCAAACAGAGGGUUUUAAGAAGCGCUGGUUUACCCUGGAUCACAGGAGAUUAAUGUACUUCAAGGAUCCUUUGGAUGCAUUUGCUAAAGGCGAGGUGUUCCUGGGCCAUCGAGAUCUGGGUUACAGCGUCAGUCCUGGCUUACCACCCAACACCCAAAGAAACGGCGCCUGGCAACAUGGCAUCACCAUAGUGACACCUGUACGCAGUUUUCUGUUCACCUGUGAGACCGAGGCAGAGCAGCAGGAUUGGCUGAAGCACUUUAAUCAUGUCAUCAGCCUGCAGAUGUCACCGCAGGAAUACAGCGUCGAAGCCCUCUUCAAGCAUAAACACUGACGGAUUCAGCACUUUUCUCAACCCCAGUCUGACCCAUCACCUCCUAACUUUGAGAAUGAAACACUACUUGUUUAUUUUUAUACACAGAGUACUUGAGUGCUAUUAGAGCUAGUGCGUUUACUGUAAUUAUCAAGCCGAGCAGCCAAGAGGAUCAAGAUAAAUUUCGGUCACUUUAAACGUUCCUUGUAUUGUGUAUUUUUGUAUGUGUUUCUUAACAGUUAACUAAUACAUUAUCCGAUUUACCAAUGUGGAAGUUUGGUCCUUUUUCUUGUUUAAAUUGCUGAUUGAGUUAGAUUCGCAUUUGUUUGGUAUUAAGGUGCCCUCUGCUGGUGAAGUUAUGCCAUGUUAUGCUGAGCUUCUACAGGAAAAAUCCACCAUCCAUGACCUGAUUUUUACCAAUAAUUAUAAAUAACGUUAAAAACCUAAUCCCUGCUUAUAGCGAUGCACUGUAGAAAGAUUACAUGCUUGCAUACUUGCUGCAGUUUCUCUCCAAUACUGAAGGUGUUGCUAUGAAAGGUUCUUGACAGUUUCCACAAGAAGAUAUAGUGCCCGAAAUAAAUUUGCUUAGUCAAACCUUUUAUAUAAUUGGUGGUAUUGAAUGUUCCACAGAAGAGUUCGGCCGGCUGACAUGCGCAAGCCAUAACAAAGAAGAAUAAAAAAGUAAACAAGAUGAUAUACAGAAGAUACAUAACCAUAAUCACUCAUUAUGUUUUAAUACAAACAGAACCCAUGUCAUUUUUUUAACUGUGCUUCCAAAUACACAUUUAUGACAUGCAGUGUAGUUAGUUCCUGUUAUUUUUUUAACAUUACAAAUAUACUUUUGUAUAAAAUAAAUAACUGCAUAACGAUUUCAAAGCAAAACAAAAGAAAGAUGGAAUCUGAACAUUCAUGCAAUAAAUACACUGAGGACUGUCCUGUCUCUAUGAAA